AUGAAGAGCCCUCGAACUGUCAAGGAAGUCCAACGCCUAACCGGCUGCAUGGCGGCAUUGGGGCGUUUUCUCUCUCGAUCAGCGGAUAAAAGCCUCCACUUCUUUCAAGCUCUAAAACAGGCAACAUUCGAAUGGGGUGCUUCAGCAGAAGAAGCAUUCCAACAACUCAAGAGCUAUUUAGCAAGCCUUCCAAAAUUGGUUUCACCUUUACCAGGAGAAACACUUUUCGUCUAUCUCGCAGUAUCUGACCAUGCUGCAAGUGCGGUUCUCGUGGCCGAACGCGAGAAAAAUCAGCAUCCGGUGUACUUUGUGAGCCAUGCCUUUCGAGGCGCUGAAUCAAAGUAUCCCCCAAUCGAAAAGAUGAUUUUCGCUCUAGUCCUAGCCACUCGAAAGCUCAAGCCCUAUUUCCAAGCUCACCCAAUCAGAGUGCUUACAAGCCAAAUCAUGCGAAAGGUAAUAGAGGGAAAGAAUCAGUCGAGCAGGAUUACGGACUGGGCUACCCAAAUAUCUGACUAUUGUAUCGAAUUCAAACCCCGGCGCGCCAUCAAAGCCCAAGCCCUUGCCGAUUUCAUAGCAGAAUGUGCCUCCCGACCAGAGGCUAUCGAAGAAGGGUCUUGGAGUCUCUUUGUCGAUGGGUCAUCCUCAAAAGUAGGAUGUGGGGCUGGCCUCUUGAUCCUCGACCCACAGGCCAACAGAACUGAGUAUGCUGUCAAGUUCGAUUUUGCUGCUUCGAAUAAUGAGGCUGAGUACGAGGCACUACUCCUAGGCAUACAGUUGUGCAAGGCGGUCGGUGCCCGAGAACUCAAGGCCCACUCUGACUCUCAAUUAAUCGUGGGGCAGGUGACAGAGGAGUUCGAGGCUAAGGAAGACAGCAUACGCAUGUACCUAAGGAAGGUAAAAGAGGAAAUCAUCAGCUUAUUCGAUUUCUCAAUAACUCACAUCCCUCGAUCAGAAAAUCAGCAAGCGGAUGCCUUAUCAAGGCUAGCCAGUUCAGCAGAGGACCUCUCACCCCGGCCUAUAAUGUGGGAAGUCCUGAAAGCCCCCAGCAUCAACAAAGAGGUGAUUACCCUCGAUAGAAGCCCCACUUGGAUGGACAAAAUCAUAGCUUUUAUUCGAGAGGGUAAUCUUCCUGAAAAUGAGCUCAAGGCCGAGCGCAUACGACGGCGGGCGAGAUGGUUCGUAUAUCAUGAAGGGCAACAGUAUACACGAAGUCGUUUACUCAUCCACUCCUUCGCUGCCUCACCCCCAUAG